AUGGACACUUCCAACAACUCUCCUUGCAGUUUCCAGACUUGUGUUGGCAAAUCUUUAUUCUCACAAGAGGCAUCCUUAUGUGUGCAUACCGAACUUUCCAGAUUAAAAGUUCCUAAUGGUCCUCGUGCUACUCCUGUUGGGCCUGAGAGGGGAUGGGAAGACAACGCGAUCGAUGAUUUUUACAAAGGUAAAUUGCCCAACUGGUUGACAGAAGAUAGAAUGGCUGCUUCGGGAAUUAAUGGACAAUUUUACGAGUUGCAGCAAUCUGACUUGCAAGAAAAUGAGUGGUUUCAUUUGUGUGCGGAGUUUGCCUUUCGCUCGGACUGGGUUGCAUAUGAUGGGAAGAGGUUGAAGUCAUUUCUACCACUGGAUAUUAACAAGGUGAUUAUACAAACUAAAGAAAGUGGAGAAGAGUCGCCACGUAUGAAGCUGAAAGCCAACAAUGCCAUUUUCUACAUGAGUUUCAAGGGAAAUGGUGAUCCGGGUGGUAAGCUUACCGAGUACCAAGCAGUUGUAAGGAGAACCGGAUGGAUGGGAAACCGGGACACAUUCGUCUAG